UGAGAGGAGCCAAGAGUCAGCAGAAACUGCCAGGAGUUGGAGCCAGAGAAGGAUCCCGAGGCCAGGUUGAGGGUGGAAGCUGGAGCAGCAGCAGCCAAGGAGGUUGACAAGAUGCUGGUUAUCUUGGGACUGUUCGCGUCUUUCCUCUCGAUCUUGUACCUGACAGCUCCAUCCAUCAGGAAGUUCUUUGCUGGUGGAAUUUGUACAACGAGUGUGCAGAUUCCCGGAAAGGUAGUGGUCAUCACAGGUGCCAACACAGGCAUUGGCAAGGAGACGGCCAGAGAGCUUGCACGAAGAGGAGCACGAGUAUACAUUGCCUGUCGAGAUGUACUGAAGGGAGAGUCUGCUGCUAGUGACAUCCGAGCAGAUACCAAGAACUCCCAGGUGCUGGUGCGGAAAUUGGACCUAUCUGACACCAAAUCCAUCCGAGCCUUUGCUGAGCGCUUCCUGGCAGAGGAGAAGAAGCUCCAUAUUUUGAUCAACAAUGCGGGAGUGAUGAUGUACCCCUAUUCCAAGACAACAGAUGGCUUUGAAACCCACUUUGGAGUCAACCACCUGGGCCAUUUUCUUCUUACAUACCUGCUUUUGGGGAGGCUGAAGGAGUCUGCUCCUGCACGGGUGGUAAACCUAUCCUCCGUGGCCCACCUUGGUGGCAAGAUCCGUUUCCAUGACCUCCAAGGAGAAAAACGCUACUGCCGUGGCUUUGCCUAUUGCCACAGCAAGCUGGCCAACAUACUCUUUACCCGAGAGCUGGCCAAGAGGCUCCAAGGAACGGGGGUCACCGCCUAUGUGGUACACCCAGGUAUUGUCAUGUCUGAGAUCGUCAGGCACUCCUUCCUACUGUGCUUGUUGUGGCGGCUUUUCUCACCUUUUUUCAAGUCCACCCGGCAGGGAGCUCAGACCAGCCUGCACUGCGCCCUGGCAGAGGGCCUGGAGCCCCUGAGCGGCAAGUACUUCAGCGACUGCAAGAGGACCUGGGUGUCCCCAAGGGCCCGGAAUAAGAAGACAGCUGAGCGUCUAUGGAAUGUCAGUUGUGAGCUUCUAGGAAUCCAGUGGGACUAGCUGGCUGGGAGACUAUAGUCUUUUCAGGCCCAAUCCAUGUCGUAAUGAAAGGGGACCAAAGACAAGGGGAGCCUGAACAGAUUAUCCGUUUAGCCUGCUGCUGCUGCGACUCCUGCCUACUCCGAACCUUCUAGAAUCCUUUGUACAUAUGACCUUUUUGUGAGGCAGGGUCAUAGUCCACAAUGAUAGUCACACCUACAGACCAUUCUCCUCAAAGACUUAGAGAACCCACAACCCUCUGGGGCAAGAGGUCUGCGCAGACGCCAGGCUGGACAUAGGGGUAGAAGAGGAACCUAAGGAAAUCAGGUCUGUUUCCUCACCAGCAUCAUGAACACUAGCCUACACGUUCAUGGGAGCACUAGCAUUGCACAUUUCUAUGAACUAUAGGCUCAGACUCUAGAUUGGCCUCUUUUCUCUUUGAAAUGAAAUGCUAGUCACACCCCUGAAGUCUGGACUAAGAAAGGAAGACGUGGCUUACUUUGGA